AUGCAUUUCAAUCGAAUCCUUCUCCUAGCUGCGGCCUCGUUUGCCGUAGCGGCCCCCGAGCCCAAACCCAACCCCGUUGCAAUGCCAGCGCCCGAGACGACGGGCCUACUUUCGGAGCUGCCGGGCAUUCUAAGCGGUGCUGAAGAUCUGCUCAGUCAAGCCAACAUCAACAAUCUUCAGAUCAUCAUUGGCAAUGCGGCCAAGCUGCUCUCCAACUCCAACCUCGACAUCCUGCAGGAUAUCCUCACCAAUGCGCACAGUCUACUGACGAAGGAGUUUGUGGACAACACUACUACUCUGAUCGGGGAUGCCACACCGCUCGUGGAGGAUGUGUCAAAGCUGCUGGGUGGAGUGCUGGGAACCUUGUAG